ACAGAUUCGUGGAGUAAAGCAACUUGACGUGCCGACGGUCUUUUAUUCCGUGUGUUAUUUAGGUGACUUGGCUAGCUUCGGUGAUAUUUUGUGUCAUUUUCCAUAUAAUAGCUAAAGCCAACGUUUGGUGUUUGCUCAGCAAAAACUGAGUUGUGAAAUCUACAGAAAAUUGUGUAGAUUUAAAGGCGAAUAGACGGCACUUUAUUGGGUGCACGCCGCCAAUAGUGCGCAAGGCUCUAGCGAAAAGCAGUGAAAGCUAAAGAAAAAAUUAUAAGUGUGGCAUAAAGUUAUAAAUUGAAAAAAAAGAAAAAAAGUCAAGCACAAAUCGCGCAUAAGUCGCAAAUUUUGCAAAAGAAAUAACGUAGUAAAGUUUUUCGUAUUUGGUGGAAUCGUCGGAUUUCCGCCGAUCUUAUAGACAUAUAAACGUAGUAAAGUAAAUUCGGUUGACGUAGUUCCUGCGUCUGCCGAACCGCGUUUUUUCGCGAAAACAACAACAACAACACCCACCGAUUGGUUUCUGAACAGUUUAUUCUGAAGGGAAACUACAUCUAAGGCUCUAUUCAGAGACCGUUUAGAGGUUCCCCUACAAUUUCUUUAUUUCUUUAUAACAGAGAGUUAAAACCCUGUUCAAAAUGGCAUCAUUCAACGCCGCCCAGUCUAGCCAAACACGGCCCACAAGCGAAUCCAACAACAACAACUGCAACAACCAGAAGAACAUUUGUACUACCGAGGACAACAACCAGAGCAACGGCAUUACCAAGCAGGAUUACGAAUACGUCAAAUUCAAACAAGAUAAUAUUGAUCCGGGAGCAACAACAACAACAACAACAACAGCAACAACCAACAUUAGUGCAAACGAAUUUGUGUUCCCUGAACGAGACAGAGGAUCACCAAACCAUAGCGAUACAAUUGAAGCCAUCGCAAAGAUUAUUGGUGAUAACUUCAGCGCCCACUACUGGCCAAACGAAAAUCUAUCAAGUUCGCAAGCAAACGCCACAGUUGCAACAGUCGCAACUGUCGCCACAAACGCAACAGCAAAGACAAAGGAAGAGUAUAAGCUUACAACAGCUGCAAAGAGCACGCUUAAUAGCAAAGCAAAACAGAAUAGCAUCGGCGAGUGCCUCAGCAAUCAGGGUACCCUUUUUACCAGGCUCGCCAUCAACGCUGCCUAUACUGAAACAGAGUUCGCCAAUAAGGAAAAACUCAAACUUGCUGGCCUCAACGUCCCCGACAUUGAUAGGAGAUCCAAUAGCAAGCAAUCCAAAUACGAUUACGCAAUUAACGCAAACGCAAAGGCAAACGCCAGCGGUGAAUACGUUGACCGACACCGUCUACUAUACGACUGUGUUGGAUUCAACCAAUCUGACCCAGGUUCAGGAGCAAAACAAGAAUUCGGAGAUAAUAUUGACACACUCCGACAAUAUUAUAGACAAUUAUACGAAUUUGUGUGCGUCGUCACAGCAACAGCAACAACAGCAACAAUCGUCGCAUUCAUCUGUGCAAUUUACGCAAACGCAAACGCAACCACCAAGAACACUGGCCGCCAUGGCUGGGAUUCAGUUGACAGGUGCCGACGAGCACAUGUCGCCCGCGUUCAUGAGUGGAGCAACGCCUACUGCUACAGUUGAAGAGAUAAAUGUUCCGGUAUUCAUAGAUGAAUAUCUACAGCAGCCAGCGGCUACGCAUACUGAAGCAGCAACCAAUAUCAACAACUACAGCCAAAUCAGCAGCAAUAGCAGCAGCAGCAGCAGCAGCAGCAGCAAUAUUUGCCAUAGCAUCAGUAGCGGCAACGGCAGCAACGCCAACAACAAUAUCAUAAACGGCAACGGAUUUGUAGAUUUUGAAUUUGACAUUGAUAUGUUUCUGGACGGCAGUGACGCAGAAACUUAUAACAACAACCACAGCAACAAUAACAACAAAAAUAACAACUCUAGUACCACCAGCAUGAGUAACAAUACUUUGAACAACAACGGCAUCGACAUGGCCGACAUCGAUGACACCUUUUUAAGCUGCAUUAAUAAUACAAACAACAACAACUAUAUUAUUAAUAAUAAUAGCAACGCCAAUAAUAAUCAGUGGCAACAACCCAUUAACAUUAAAUAUGAGAAUUCCGAAAAUUUAUCAGAAUUCGAUUUGAGCAAUGAUCUCUUACUGAGCACGGAUAUUUCGACAGCUAUCGAUGAUUUUAUGCCAGAGUUUUUCGAAUGCAGUGAGCAGGCGAUCAAUAUCAAUGGUUUGGAUUUCGGCAAUCUGUUGAACAAUUCACAGGAUCCAAUGUUGCCUUGCACCAGCAGCACACCGAGCAACAGCCAACAAUUGUCCGUCAAUCGUUUGGAGCCCAUAGUUCCGAAAAUCGAGGAACACGACGAAGUACCAUGUGACGAUGAUAACAUGCUCGUAGAAAUAGAGGAUAUGGAUAUAGCAACACCAAUCAUAAUACCGUCAUUAUCAUCACUGCCAUCAAAUAGUAGUCGUAUGCAACAAAAGCGUUUAAAAUUGCAUCUACCAUCUGCGCAUAUAGCAGAUCCACUCUCAACACCUACCGUACUCGGUGGUAUUGUGGAUCUACAGGUCGAACAAAUGGCUAUUGGUUCUACAAAUUACGGUGAAACUACCAUCGAUGACAUUGUAGAAGUCUUACAAGAUCCCAGCAGCCAUCCGCUCAUAUACAAUGAAGAAGAUUUGCCACCAACGCCGCGCAGUUACACCUCCACAUCAACAUAUACCAAUGAAUAUAUGCCCAGCUCACCAUCACCAUCCAACAUUUCAUCCAAUCAGCAGAUGAACAGCAACAAAAAGAAACGCGGGCGUCCUGCUAAAGACCGCAGCGAUCAACCAGAUCCCUCAAAAUUGUUGAAAAUGUCCGAGGCUGAACGUAAGAAGCUGAUGGAUCGUGCCAAGAAUAAUGAAGCGAGUCGUGUAUCGCGCCGAAAGAACAAAUUGCGCGAGGAGAGGGAAAUACGACUGGAAAACGAACUGCUUGAGGCAAAUAAUCUGAGGCAGGCAGAGCUGAUGAAACUCAAUAAGAUCAAGGAUAAGCUGAAACGCGCUCUGAAGCGUGGACUGUCCAACACUAGACCACGUAGCUUCAAUUAAUCAUCAAACGAGAUCUAUACAUUUAUUACAUUUGUUAAUUGUUAAUUGUUUAAAAUUUUAAGCAGCGAAUUAUAGUAUACCUGUAUUAAGUAUAAGUAUAUUAAGGUGUCAUUCUUUAGUUGUUCCAAUUGUAAACAAUUGCAUGUGUGGAAAAUACUCCACGUUUAAUGUUGUUUGAAGAGAUAUGAUAAAAACAAGUGGAGAUUUAUAUUUUGUAAUCAAUUAAAUAUAUAUUAUUUUAAAUUCUUACAAUACAUAUACAUAUAUAUUUUUAAGUUUAUAUGGAAAAAAUGAUUAUCUUAAACAUAGUUUACAAAGAAUACAUAUACACAAAGUAGUUUUAAAUAAAUGGAAUAAAAAAUAGAUCGCAAGAUCAUGAAACCAACAAAA